UAGCCAGGUAACGAUAACGAAUAUUCACUUGUUCUUUUGUUGCAAAGAGUGGUUGUUGAACUUACUAUCGAUGUUUUCUCCUUUCAUCGCACUUUUGCGAUAAUUCAAAAUUCGUACACGGUUUUUGGCGCUCGAAAAAAGCAAAAUGUGCUCGAAGAAUAAUAUAAUUUACAGCGGUUGGACAGGUGAUUCUAAAAAUGUGUUUUUGCUGUGUAGAGUGUACUUGCGUUACUAAGUUUAUAUGAAAUGUGUUCUAGAAAUGCGACCAGAUUGUUCCUAUUAAUUAGCGAAGUAUUUUCUUUGUAGAUGGUUUAUUUAAAUGAAAAAUGGAUUUAUGGUGUCGUAACACCAACACUUACAUCAUUUUCUUCUUAAUUUUACAAGUACAGCAAAUGAAUCUGCAAGAACUUUUGGACAACCGUUGUUUUUUGGAAAACGGUUCUACCCGCGAAAAUAUAAUAAUACCAGAAAAUAGUCCUGUGGGAUCAAUAAUAGGUCAGUUAAAUAUAGUAGGUAAUCCAGGUCCUGGGGGCGAUAUUGUACUUCAUUUAGAGGAGUCGAAAGGUCCUGUUACGAUUAUACCAGGAUCAAAAAAUUUCACUCUCAAACAUCAACUGGAUAAAGAAGGAAUUGACGGUCCUUCUUCUGUGUUUUUAAACGUAAUUUGCGAAAGAGUGCACACUUUUGGUUCAGGUUUCGUAAUUCCAGUCACCAUCAGAGUCACUGAUGUCAAUGACAAUUACCCUAUUUUUGUAAAAGCCCCUUACAAACUCAAUAUAUCCGAAGUAACUGUGGUAGGAACGAGGGUGCUUCGAGGGGUGCAUGCCAUUGACGCAGAUCAAUCACCUCAGUUUUCAACCGUUUUAUAUUCGGUUCUUCCCGGGCCUUAUUCUGACUUUUUCGAGUUCGAAAACCAAAUGGAAGGGACCCUUGUGUUGAAAAGGCCAUUAGAUUACGAAAAAUUAAAAAAAUUCGAUGUUAAAAUUCGCGCAAUGGAUUCGGGAGAGCCUCCAAAAUAUUCCGACACAAUUCUUACAGUAAAUGUCUUAGAUGCUGACGAUCAAAAUCCAAAAUUCAAUCACGAAAAAUAUUCCAGUUCUGUGCCUGAGACCAUUGCUAACACAGGAACCCAACUGAAAAUACUUCCAAGUGAAAUUAAAGCUUAUGAUCAAGAUGUUGGCAUAAAUGCAACAAUAGUUUACGAUUUUAUCAGUGACGAUAAUGAUUACAAACAUUUCAAUAUCGAUAAACUGAGUGCGCGAGUGAAAGUGAAAAAAAGUUUAGAUUUAAACGGAGAUCCGGUUUAUCCGAAGACUUUGGUCGUUCGGGCUACACAACAUGAUAAUCCUGAUAGAUACGCCCUUACAACGUUGACAGUUUCCCGUCCUUUUUUGGAAGGCAGAGUCUCUUUUCUAAAAAGAUCUUUUGAAAUCGUCGUUCCAGAAUCCACACCUCGAUGCACAGUCAUAGGUGUGCUGGCUACAAAUAGACCCGGAGAAGACUUAAAGUACUACGUUUCAAACAAGGAUAUUUUAGAAACGUUUGCCAUUAAUCCUCGGGGAGAAGUAGCGUUGAGGAAAAGUUUAGAUUAUGAGAAAACUGACGAAUAUUUCUUUAAGGUGUUCGCUACAGAUGGGAAAACGAAUGAUUCCGCUUCUGUUAAUAUCACAGUGAAAGAUGUGAACGAAUGGGAGCCGCGGUUCCGAUAUCCCAUUUACGAAUUCUUUGUCACCGAAAAAUUUGUCGAUUCGAUUGGCAAAAUCGAAGUGAAAGACGGUGAUAUAAACGACAAAUUGUCACUUUCCUUGAACGGAAGCAACGCGUCCUUAUUUUAUAUAACUCCUAAUGGAGAAUUGAAACUUAAAGACCCAUUGGUUAACUUGAAGGGAGUUGUAACGUUAUUAGUAACUGCAAAAGAUGAUGCCGAUCCACCACACGAAGCGUCUGUACCAGUUACGGUAUAUUUUCAUGUCAAAAAGUCCUCCGAAAUAAUCGAACAGAAGGACACUACCUGGGGUAGCUCUACUAUGUUGGCAGGACUUGGCACUUUGCUGCUACUUUUAGGCUUUGUCAUAUUUAUUUUAAUAUGUUACAUCAUGAAAAGCAAACGCAAGUCCCACCAAGAGGGACUGUUACCCUCUGCGAGAUCUCAUACCUCCGGAAAAACUAACACCAAAUCAAUGCCCAACAUAAUCAACGCUUUUGAAGAAGUCCCGAAAGCUCAUUGCAGUAAAUCAGACGAACGUGGUGCUUCGUCAGAUAGACGUAAACCUAGUCCUAAAGUACAUCCCGCACCACAACCCCCUUUUUGGUCUUCGAGGAACCCUGUCGCUUCUCCCAAUAAAAGACUUAAUUGGGAGGACAAAAAGGUAAGUAACAGUUUAUUGAUUAUUUUAUUGAGGGUUAUUUUGUCGUUAAAAAGUUAACAAGAAAUGUGUUUUAUAUUAGAAAAAAAAUCCAACUUAUUUCUUUAUUAAUUCAGGUAAAAGAACAAGGUGGUAAUUUUUUUA